GUCCUGCCCACACCGCCCCCUCCCCAGACCCACCUUGGCUGGCCCAGGGGAACCGUCACUCCACCCAGCGUCCCUCCGCGUCCGCCCUGAGUGGGAAAGUCCCCGGGGUCCCGGGGCGCCCAGCUCUGCUCAGGGCAGGACCGUCCCAGCCUCCGGCUGCGGCAGGGGUGCGGGAGGGAGGGGCGCCCGUGUGCACGGCCCCUCCGGGAGGGUCCUCGGCCCGCGGGCCCGGGAGGCGGCCCCGCCCACUGCUCUGGGCGCACCUGGCCCGGCCCCCGCGAGCGCCCGCCCCGGGCCCGCCCCGGCGCCCCGAUCUGGUCGGUCGGACGCGCGCCGGCCGGGCAGGUGCGGCGGGGCCGGGACGCGAGUCGGGCUCCGGCGGCGCCAUGGGGAACAGCGCGGGCCGCAGCGACUUCGAGUGGGUCUACACCGACCAGCCGCACACGCAGCGGCGCAAGGAGAUGCUGGCCAAGUACCCUGCGCUCAAGGCGCUGAUGCGGCCGGACCCGUGGCUCAAGUGGGAGGUGCUGGCGCUGGUGCUGGCGCAGCUGCUGGCGAGCUGGCUGGUGCGCGGGCUGGCGUGGCGCUGGCUGUUCUUCUGGGCCUACGCCUUCGGGGGCUGCGUGAACCACUCGCUCACGCUGGCCAUCCACGACCUGUCGCACCACGCCGCCUUCGGGCCGGGCCGCGCGGCGCACAACCGCUGGCUGGCCGUCUUCGCCAACCUGCCCGUGGGGGUGCCCUACUCGGCCUCCUUCAAGAAGUACCACGUGGACCACCACCGCUACCUGGGCGGCGACGGGCUGGACGUGGACGUGCCCACGCGCCUGGAGGGCUGGCUCUUCUGCACGCCGGCGCGCAAGCUGCUGUGGCUGGCGCUGCAGCCCUUCUUCUACUCGCUGCGGCCGCUCUGCGUGCACCCCAAGGCGCUCACCCGCAUGGAGGUGCUCAACGCCCUCGUGCAGCUGGCGGUCGACCUCACCCUCUUCGCCCUCUGGGGCUUCCGGCCGGUGGUCUACCUGCUGGCCAGCACCCUGCUGGGCCUGGGCCUGCACCCCAUCUCGGGCCACUUCGUGGCUGAGCACUACAUGUUCCUCAAGGGCCACGAGACCUACUCCUACUACGGCCCCCUCAACUGGAUCACCUUCAACGUGGGCUACCACAUGGAGCACCACGACUUCCCCAGCAUCCCCGGCCGCAACCUGCCCCUGGUGCGGAAGAUCGCGCCCGAGUACUACGACCACCUGCCGCAGCAUCACUCGUGGGUGAAGGUGCUGUGGGACUUUGUGUUCCAGGACUCGAUGGGGCCCUACACCCGGGUGAAGCGGGUGUGCAAGCUGGCCGAGGACGGCCUGUGAGCGGGCGGCGGCCCAGCCCCACCCGCCCAGGUGCCCCCGUGGUCUGGCUGCAUUCGGCUCCCGCGCCCUGGACACCUGCUGUGUCCACAGCCCCGGGCCCGGCCUGGCCCCUGCCGAGUGCAGAUGUGGCCGGAAGCUGGGCUGGCAGGGGGCUGCGCUGGGGCUGGCGGGGCUGUGCCCCUGGACGCAGCUGCCCACGCCGCGUCCCCUCUGCAAGUCCCACACCGAAUUAAAUGCGACCCCAUGAACUGUG